CCCACAGCGCCCGGGACUACGAUUCCCACAGUGCUCGCGGAUUCUCCUCUGAUCGUAGCGAAAGGCCUGGAAAGGACGCGGGCUCUGUCGGCGGCUCCAGCUGGGGGCCCGGCCCGGGCAGGCAGGAAAUGGCAGCGCUCGGCAGAUCCUGCCAGGGCAUCCCGGCCGGCCCGGCCGUGGAGCUCCCUCCGGCUCCGGCCGCUGCCCCGGACCGACACGGGCCGCAUCCCGGAGCCGGCGGCCACGGCCGUCUCCAGCCGCCCGGGAUGGUCAUGGCAGGGAUCGGAAACAACGGCGCCGACGGAUCGUCCGGCCUCUGUCUGCAGAGCAGCUUCGACCUGGCCUCCCUGGCCGCGCUCGGGAGCCACAACGAGGGGCUGACGGCGGCCCCGGUGGGAUCCUUCACCAGGAGCCGCAGCCAUGUUUCUGUGCGCUAUGGAAAGAAGCAUAAGCUAGAAGAAGAGGCAGAAGGUUGUCCUGUGCGGAAGAAGAGACUGACAGGAGCCAAAAAUUGCCCUUUGAAUCCCAACACUGAAGAAUGGAUUCUCUGUGCAGGUCAGCAGGCAGCUGGGGAGGUAGCAAGUCAAUAUGGUGGCAGCGGUCCUGAAACUGCCAUGUUAGAAAUUCCCUGUGAAGAAAUGGAUCAGACAAUGGGGGAACAGCAAUGCGAGGUUGCUCGCAGGAAACUUCAGGAAAUUGAGGACAGGACCCGUCCUUCUAUGGAGCUGGUGCUUUGGAAACCUCUUCCUGAAACUCUGACAGAUAAACUGAAGUCUGUUUCUGUUAAGAACUUCAAGCAGCAGAGUACAGAAGGGUGUCAAACUAAGCAGCCAACACCGAGAGCUCCUUUUGACCCACAGACUGAAACGUUCCCUGUAUCACAACAGACUGCCAUGUCUCCAGAUCCAUAUGCUAGUUUGGGAAUAUCUGGGUGUGCAGAAGAAGAAAUGGAGUUGUAGAUGCCAGAUUUUAGAUUGGAAGUGGUGAGCUUCUGAUGCUUUUUGUUGGUGUUUUUUUAUUCUUUCUGGUUUGAUGUGUGAAUCUGGAGUUUUAUUAUUUGUUUUUUGUUUUCUUAUUAACAAUCACAAGGACAUGGUUUGGCCAGGAAACAUCCCAAGAUUUCUGUACUCCGAUCUGUUAAUUAUUGUUAUUUUUACUGAAAAGGUAAUCCAGAGGCCUUUGGAACAAGGAAGCAGCUUUCCAUCUUGCUUAAUGGUGAAAUAUCCUCUUAAUUGCCCUUGGUAAAGUAUAAAAUCUAAAUAUUGAAUGUAACUGUGGCUUAAGCCAUGUCUUUCACUUACUGAGCCAUUAAGAUUUUGGUGCACAUACUAUGCUUGGCCAGUUGGUUUAAUUUGAAUUACAAAAGGGUAUGUAAAAGAAGAAAUACUUUUGAAUCUAGCCAUAGGUAGAAAAGCAAUCCCUAUGGAAAUACAGCUUUUCACACUAUUUCAUCUGUGGCUGGUUUGGACCUGAUGUAAACUCAAAUGUAGAAAUUACACAUCCUGUGGGGUGGUAGGGAAGGAAUGUUGCAGCAAAAGUCUUUGUAGAAAGUAAAGCCAGCUUCUAACUUGCAGGAUACCUGCUAACUUCAGUCAUCUUUGGUCACUGGCUUCUAAAUUUUGUUUGUGGGUUUUUGAUGUCCCCCUCCCCAGAUGAUGCAAAGUCAGGAGAAAAGUGGUUCUGAGCCAAGAGAUUCACUUUUUACAUUGUGCUGAGAUUCUUUGUAUGCAUCCAGUCAGAAAAGCCCGUUGAAGACACUGUUAACUUUUAAUUAAAUAAACGCCAUCCUUUUAUUUGGAUAAACAUGGUAAGUAAAUCAGAUGACAGGGAGCUGCUUUCUGGCACAAAGAGGGUCAAAUGCUGAUUAUUGUCUGUAGCCAAGUCCCAGCCUUUUGAGACUGCUGGCAUUAGUGGUGAGGUAAAGAAGAUGAUUGUCUUCUUCCUGAGAGAAUCUAGACUUUAAAGUUGAAGCCAGAACAUGUGCCAUUUAACGUAGUGUCACAUUGUUUAUACAAUGUAUGCCAAAAGAAUUUUGUACCCUGCUUAGGGUGCCAAGGAAAGGAAUCCACAAUGAGCUAUUACUUGUACCUUUUCUCAAUGCACAGCAGUUCCAUUUUGCUUGAAACCCUAAAGAAGGCAGAGAAUCUUACCUUCUGUUCCUGAGUCCUUGAGCUUUCUCAGAAAUGCCUGAACUGGGGCUUCUCGUAAGAAAUUCCUUUCCAAGCAAUGGGUUCUGUUCAGAGUCCUACAGCCAAUCUAGUUUUGACAUCUUGCUAACAUAAAGGAGCAAGUACACAGUAAUGCAGCUGCUCACAUAAGAAAAUCUACUCUUCCGUUGCACAGCUAGUUGAUAAUCUUUGUGAUGAUAUUCUUUACUGUUAACACAUAGCUGAUAGUUUAAAAUCAAGCUUCUCUUUUUGCAUAAAUCCUUUAUUUCCUUCUAGUUGUUCAAAAGAUACCCCUGUUUGUUAAGUCCUGUUUCUUUCAGCUUUUGUUGAAGGUUGGUUGAAGUUUUCUGUCUCUUGAUAAAACUUUUCAGAGCUUCACUAAAAACAUUCCAACAUUUGAAUAGUAUUACUCUGGAAACCAGUACCAUUCUGAAGAUCCAUUAAGUAGGCUGCACAUGUUCUCCAAUCUUGCUAUGCCUAAAUUCAUUUCAGGGUCUGCUGUAAAUCUCUUGCAUGAACUGUGUACAGUUCCCCAUGUAUUAUUAAGCUGUGCUUAAAAUCUACAGCCUUUGAUGUGCUCCACUGCUUGAGUAUAAAGUAAAGCAAUGCAGUUUGGAGAAGGCUGUAGUCCCUGCAGGUAGAAAAUGUGUUGCCUCCAACUAAUUAACUGGUUUUCAGCUUGCAGGAUUAUAUUUAAUUUAUAUUAAGGUUGGAAGUAUUUUAGCUGAAAGCUCUGAAUCCUAAAUAAACUGAGAAGAAAGGAUAAAAAUUCAAAAAUUUGAUUCAACCAUCUCAGCAACUCUGAAAUUGCAGCAGAGGAGUAAAAAAACUCUAAGAAGCCUAAAUAUAUCAAAUCUAGAUGCAGUUGUUUUCCUCUUUAAAGUGACAAAUUGCAUACCUGAUUUGCAGAAUACGAAAGUUUUGUAGAUGCCUUUUAAGCAUACUUUUUUCCUGUUAGAUUUGUACCAAAGGUUGACUUUCAGAGGUGUCUCCUCCUAAUUGUUUGAUGCCAAUAGGGCUUCACUGACCCAUUAUUCUGCCAUCUGAAACAAGAAUAUAGCGGUGGACUAUUGAUGAAGACCAUGAGAUGGGGAAAAAACUGUCCAAGAAUUUUGUUUUGGUAGAAAACAUUUACUUUGUUUUUUCAUAAUUCACUUCUGCCCUUGUGAUAGGAGACAGUGGGGCUGAAUCGCUUAAAUUGAUGGGGGAGGAGAAGAGUGGGCUACAGUGAGAACUGAGUGUCAGGAGGACCGAGCAAGAUCCUUGCCAAUCACUUGGAGAGGAUAUGGGAGAUCAAGCUCUGGGUGUUUUCAGACUUCUGUAUUUGUGAGUUUUGUUGUUGUUGGCUUCCUUAAAAGACUUUUAUUAAUGCUGUUCACAAGCGGGAUGGCAAAUGUGAUGCAGUAUUAGAAAAAAACUUAUUUUGAAAUAUGGAAGAUCUGAUUCUGGUCUGUCUUCUCUUGGGACCAAAUCACCCUUUGUAUGUCAGUUUUCAAUAAAUUUUUUAAAAUA